UCCGAGUCUUGUGAGGAUAGGUAAUGGAUUGUACCUGAGGGAGACACCUCAUGCUGUGAGGUAAGCGGCGCUCCGUGACUGGGAGCUCAGGCGGGAAAGGGCUGACGAUGUACAAGCACAGACUGCUCCAUCCGCUGAGCCUCUGCAGACCCGAGCCAGAGAGGGAGGAGAGAAGGAGGAGGCACCAGGAGAGUACGGAGACAGCCUGACACCACAGCCCGGGAGAUCCGAGGAGGAAUCAGCUGGGGCACAGCACAGACCGCACCCUCCGCACCGCCGGGCGGCCGCUUCUCUGCAGUGCUGGCACAGUCCCAGGGACGUCUCGUUGAGAUAAAUGAUUAAUCCGCUGGUAAACAUGGCCAAGUCCAGAACAGAUCUCAUGGAAACGCUAUUCUUCAUUGGCGUGCAGCUAGGAAACCAGGGACAUGAAGAAAGUACAAACCGGAAAAGCAUAUGGCCCAAGUAACAGGAUGCCUGGUCUGUACGAUACCGCUUCCUGGGUACAGCUCCCCCUUGAGGCUUCAUGUGUAAAUGCGUGUGCAAAUGGGUUUAGUCUGGGAAUCAAUGCACAGUUGACCUACCUGAAUACCUGUAGCGACACAGUACAAGCCAUGUUUAUAUACCUCCUGGAGAAGGGGGAGGUUGUGACAAGUUUUGAAGCAGUGACUGGAAACAGGAAAGUUCAAGCUCAGGUCCAGAGUCAAAUACGUAUGGAGGAAUGCUGUUCUGGUUGUCACUGGGAGUCACUGCCUUGUUAUUGCCCCAAUGGACACCUUGUUUUAGACCCAGACACAGCACACAGUGUGUUUGUGCUUAGUGUGGGAUCUGUACAUCCCUCCGCAGUAGUCAGUGUGACUCUGCAAAGUAGCAGAGAGCUGCAGACACUUCCUGGAGGAGCUGUACGUGUGACCCUGAACUCAACACUCACUCCCAUGGCACUGAAUCCAGGGGAUCCCAGCGAGCAUGGGGAUGGUCUGUGUGACGACAGGUUGUGCUCAUGUCCUGCCAGUUGCUUCGGUGGUGUGAGCGGGACAGGAGCUAGUCCUUGGGUGUUGCUAACAGAUUCUCCAUCACAGACACUGGCUGCCACACGUCAUAAAUCCCUUUCAACUGCUCUAACUGGCUUAGCUACCAAUCCCCAAUGUUAUCAUUUCAGUUUUCGUCUACAGGUCCAAGGCCCUUGUCUUUUGGCAGGUAUUGAGAGCCCAUCUCAUGCUCUUCGUGCUGAUGCAAGUCCUUUUGCAGUCUCGGCUUCCUCCAUUUGGAUCAGUCUGGCUGAAGAGUACAAUUGUGACCGUGCUCUAGAAAUUAUCCUGCACCCCAGUGAACCGCACCUCCCUCAUCUAUGUCUUGAAAGGGGAAUCAAGACUUUCCAACAGUAUGAGAUGCAUAUAAAAGAAAGAAAAGAUUUUAUUAAGGCAAUGAAAAAAUCUAGUGAUCCUGAAAGACAGGUCAACUUUGUGCGGAGGAGAUUUCACAAAGAUCUUCAUCUCAAUCCAGUUCUGAUGCUGAACUUUUGUCCAGAUAUUACUGCCCUCAGUUCGUUCAGCUCUGGUCUUCCCACUGUUACACGUGAAGUUAUUUUCAUUGUCCAUCUGAUGGAGGAUUCAUGCCAUAAUAUACGGGAUGCUCUUCUUCUGGCUGUGAGAAGUUUACCUGCACGCACAUUGCUGAAUGUGGCAGGUGGCACAUGUGACAACAGGGCGCUAUUUCCAACCAGCAGGCAGUGCACCAACGAUUCUUUGGAGAUGGCUUGUGAAUUUUUCCGAAGCAACAAGUUGUGUGGGAUAUCCAGCAAUAUCCCUUCUGUGUUGGGUCGAAUAUUAGCACAUCCAGUGCAUCGUGGAUACCCACGGCAGCUGUUUAUUAUAACAGACUCUGGCUUUAGUAAUUCUAGCAGAGUUCUUGAGCUUUUAAGACAUCAUGCAAAAACUACACGGGUGUUUGGCUUUGGUGUUGGUUCAAAUGGAGAUCACAAAAUACUUGAGAGAGCAGCCAAGUUAACCAGGGGAACCGUAGAGCUGAUCUCUGAGGGAGAGCGUCUGCAGCCCAAGCUGAUUAAAUCCUUAAAGAAAGCACUGGAGCCAGUUUUGAGUGACAUCACUAUAGACUGGUACAUGCCAGAAACCAUGGAGGCUCUGCUCACCCCCAAUGACAUUGCUCCACUUUAUCCCGGUGACUCUCUUAUUAGCUACUGCACUUUAUAUAACACAGCAAUCUUCAGAAGCAAGAAAGGACCGACACGUGUGGCUAGAGGAGGGUCCCUUAGUUCUGUUUUCCAGUCUCAGGAAGAGUCUCAAACCCCAGGGACUACUGACACAAGUUACCCAAAUCAAUCUGCUGGCAUGGAAGAUGUGGAAAAAGCGUUACAGGAAAUUUCACAUGAAAUCUCAAUGGAGUUCUCUGCAUGGAGUGAAGAUCCAGAAAGAACUGAAAGCAUUGGUGGAGAUGGAGCGCACGUAAGUGACAUACGGAAGCGUAUUGUACGUUCUUCUUAUGUACAGGAACAGUAUAUGCUCACUCAUUGUUCUAUUAGCACUGAGCCAACUCAGCCACCAACACAGCCUUCCAUGUGCAGUGACCCUACUCGUGCAACUAGCCAUGGGUCUACUAGCAGUGAGUCAGUAGGUUCCAGAGAAACUGUUUCAGGAGACUGUAUAACGCCAUACUCUAGAAAAGCCUCUCAACAGGGAAAGAAAAGUUUCUCGCACAGUGAAGGAAUGUAUGCAUUCAACCAAAAUUCCACCCCUUCCUGUAAGGCUACAGUAACACAGAGCGCAGAGGAGCUGGUCAGAAGAAAAGCUCUGAUUCAAGCUACCAUGUCUGGGCGCAGUUUCUCAUCCCCUCUUGGAGAACUAGAUAUGCUUCGAUUACGCACUGUCUUGGACAGAGUAUCACAGAGGAAGGAUUCAGAGGAUGUUAAUGCAAAGAUAACAGAGGGACUAUGUGAUUCUUUGGCAGGUCAGCUUCCUUCUCCUGCACAGCUAGACUGGGACAUGUUGGUGGAUGCACAGUAUCUUUUCUCUGCAUCUCCAGCUGCAGCGAAUAUUGGGUCUGGGGUCAGCAGUGAUUCUGGUUGGCAAUGCCGAGCUGUAAUCCAUGGCUAUAUUGGAAGCAGCAACUAUUCCUGGGAAACCACAAUAAGCCUGGAGCCACUUAUAAAUGGCAUUGAAGAGGAUUUUGGAACCUGUACUGAGUAUGAAAAGUGUUAUGACCUGCACCAGUUGGCUGCACGCUCUGUGAUUCAAGACAAUGAGGAUAUGGCCUGGAGAGAGUGUGACAUUGAACAUGGUUCUUCUCGUCGAUUCCGACUGAAAGCUAUACAGACCAGCAAGUCUUGCUCACAAGUCUCCGUUUUUACUAGCCAUUUGCCUAUAGACCUAGAUACCCAGGAUGCACUUCCAGGUCAUAUGAUUGUGCGUAGAGGUGGACGCAGUAGGAGGAGUGGUAGCUCAAACUCUGGGAGCUGGAGCGUGGCAGAUACCAGGCACUCUGAAAUCAUGGAGGACACAUUCGAAAAUGCAGCUAGAUCUCCAGUUCUACUGUCUUCACAAAGAAUAUCCUCUGAAAAUGGCUUGGAGAAAAGGGAAGCACAAGAAGGACAAAUUAUUAGCCAAUUUACAUCACAGAAAUCAGAUUCCUCCGUAAGCUCAAGGGUUAGCGUUGGUAAAAAGAAAAUCCGCAAUUUAUCUGGAAAAUUAUCUCCCUUAAAGCCAUGUUUAACUGGAAAUAAAGAGCCAAAAUCUGAACUUUUGGUACAGGACUAUUUACCGCUGAUUAGCUUGCAGACCCCAGAUGGUUUCUUCAACUUAAGCAGCUGCUUUUCCAGCGUGGUGCAGAUCUCGCUUCAACGUUUACUUCGUGCUUCCCCAUUCUCUUGUCAUCGUGGAAGCCUCAGUCCAGUGUCUGAGCCUUGCCCAUUAGAACAUGGGGAUUUUAUCAGAGGAGCCCAGACAUGCAAAGGAGGAUCUCAGCCACAGGUUCCAGAGUCAAAAGAUACCUCUUCUCUGCCUAUCUAUGCCACAUCCUGCCCUGAAGCUCUCUGUCAUCAAGCAGACAGUGGACGAGGGUCGGAGACUGAUCCAUGUGACAACUCUCCAUGUCCUUCAGAGACUGGCAAUGAACUGGAUACAGAUCUUGAGGGAUGUUCUUGGGCCACAGCUGUAGCACUAGCAUGGCUUGAGCAUCGUUGUGCUGGCUUCUUUAUAGAAUGGGAGCUACUGGCAGCAAAGGCAGAGGGUUGGCUAACGGCACAGAUGCUUCCUGAUGGUCUACAGUUGCCUGCAUUGAAAGGGGCUGCCCGGCAGCUUUUCUUACUACUUCGUCACUGGGAUGAAAAUCUCAACUUAAAAAUACUGUGCUACAAGCCAGGUGAUGUUUGAGGGACCAUCUAGGCAUCUUAAAAAUAGAGGCACUGACCAAAGCUUUCUACUGCCUUAUACCAAUGACAUACAGGAUGAAUCAUACUAGACUGUAGUUAACAGUGUUUGUUUCCUUAUUAGUAAGACACUUUGAGCGAAAAUGAAAUAGGUUUUUCACAUUUAUUAGUUAAAAAAAAAUACUAGCAUAUAAAGACAAAACGUCUCAUUCCCCUUCCAAUUUCAAAGAAAAAUCCAUGUCAGUCACAGUAUUAAACUUACAGACUCUCCAGUUAUUUAUAUGAAGUUUGUAAGUCUCCUAUGGAUGAACAUAAAGGAAUUAGUCCUUCUUCUUAAGAGAAGUU